UGAAGGGUGAGGCUUCCCAUUUCGAAGCUGGAGGAAGCAAACUGAAGGAUAACAAAUUUCUAGGGUUUCUGCAAUUCAUCCGUUCUUCCAAGAUUCUUCACUGACGGACAGGAUACCGCUGGAGUGUUCAAAAGAAAACUGGGGGAGGUGCAUACUAUUUAUUUGAUAAAGAAAGAUGAAAGGACAAGGCAGUUAUGUACCACCCCCUUAUAUUCCUUUGGGACAGUCAGAUUCAGAAGUAGAGAUUGUUCCUCAUGACAGUGACCUUCCUGUUCAUCGUCACACCAGUGAUAGCCCAUCUCAGUGGUCUUCUGGAAUCUGUGCUUGUUGCGAUGAUAUGCAGAGCUGUUGUAUAGGUUUCUUUUGCCCUUGCUUUCUGUUUGCGAAGAAUGCAGAAUUUUUGGGGUCUGGAACUUUGGCGGGAUCAUGCAUGACUCAUUUGAUUUUUUGGGCUCUUGUCAAUACUGUCUGCUGCUUGUUGAGUGAUGGAACUCUUUUGGGGUUACCUGGAUGCUUUGUUGCAUGUUAUGCUUGCGGCUACCGGAGGGCACUGAGAUCAAAGUAUAACCUGCAGGAAGCCCCAUGUGGAGACUUUACAACUCAUUUCUUUUGCCAUUUGUGUGCCAUUUGCCAAGAGUACAGGGAGAUCCGAGAAAGGUCUGGCCCUGAAACCCCUGAUCUUAGACUGUCAGUAGUCACAGCCCCACCAGUCCAGACAAUGGAAACAGCUUCAAAGGAAUAAUAUGCUUUUGCCUCUCCCCUUGGAGUUUGUCUGUAUCCUGCAAUUCCCCACCCCCCGUCAUCCCCAAGCUCUCGUAUGAGCAUGUUGUCCCUGAGACUAUUUCCUGUAUGUUGAGGUGUUUUAGGUUUGUAGUAGUGGAUUUCAGAUCUUCAAUACCUGUAUUUCUUACAUGAUAAAUUUUAUCGGAUAAAGUAAAACUUUAUGGUUGCAGUAGCU